GAGGGAAAAGAGACACACGUUUCCCACGAGACGUCCCUCCUCGACCAGGUGUUGGAGAUUAUUAUGAACGAGAAGCCGCCCAACAGUACGAGUCUUUUCCUAAACGAGGACGAGGACAAGCCCCAGCUGCCAGACGAAGGAGACCUGAGGAGGCGACUACGCCGAGCCAUGGAGAGGAGAGCCAGCGUCAUGAAGGAGAGGAUCGGCUCCAUCAACAAGAAGAGCCUGAAAGGUUUCCUCAAGAGGAACCUGUUUGUUCUGCUCACUGUCGCCGCAGUGGCUCUGGGUGUGCUCCUGGGCUUUGCUUUACGCCCCUACAACCUGUCGCUGAGAGAGAUCAAGUACUUUGCCUUUCCUGGGGAGCUCCUGAUGAGAAUGCUCAAGAUGCUGGUGCUGCCUCUCAUUGUCUCCAGUCUGGUCACAGGCAUUUCUUCUCUGGACAGCAAAGCGUCAGGUAAGAUGGGUGUGCGUGCGGUGGUCUACUACAUGGUCACCACCCUGACUGCGGUGUUCAUUGGCAUCGUGAUCGUCAUGAUCAUCCGGCCGGGGAGAGGCAGCCGGGACAGUCCGGUGGUUAAAAGUGGAAAUAUUGAACCAGUUCAGGCUGCUGAUGCUUUUCUGGACCUCGUCAGAAACAUGUUUCCUCCAAAUCUGGUGGAGGCGUGCUUCAUGCAGUACAAAACUGUGUACAAGAAGAUUGUUCACACGAGGAAUGUGACAGUGACUCUGAACCUCACCGACUCUCUGAAUAUAACAGAAUCUAAUCUGACCGUAAACUUCAGCAGAGUGCUGCACACCAUACAGGAGACGGUGGAAGAAACUGUUCCUGUGUCUGGUUCCUCUGGUGGAGUGAACGCUCUGGGUCUGGUGGUCUUCUCCAUGUGCUUCGGUCUGGUUAUUGGCAACAUGAAGCAGCAGGGCCAGGCUUUGAGGGACUUCUUUGAUUGCUUAAAUGAAGCCAUCAUGAGGCUGGUAGCCAUCAUCAUCUGGUACGCCCCUGUCGGAAUCCUGUUUCUGAUUGCAGGGAAAAUUGUGGAGAUGAAGGACCUGGCGGAAGUGGGCGGUCAGUUGGGGAUGUACACUGUAUCUGUCAUUGUGGGACUUCUCAUCCAUGGACUCUUUGUCCUGCCGCUGCUCUACUUUGUGGUAACCAGAAGGAACCCCUACAGUUUCAUCGGAGGCCUGCUGCAGGCACUCAUCACUGCCUUAGGGACAUCCUCCAGCUCUGCUACCCUGCCCAUUACUUUCCGAUGUCUUGAAGAAAAUAACCACGUGGACAAACGAGUGACACGUUUCGUCCUUCCUGUUGGCGCCACCAUUAACAUGGAUGGCACUGCCCUGUAUGAAGCUGUGGCAGCCAUCUUCAUUGCUCAAGUAAAUGACAUGGACCUGAACUUUGGCCAGAUUCUCACCAUCAGUAUCACAGCAACUGCUGCCAGCAUCGGAGCAGCAGGCAUCCCUCAGGCUGGCCUGGUUACCAUGGUGAUCGUAUUGACAUCGGUGGGACUGCCCACAGAGGACAUAACGCUGAUCAUCGCUGUGGAUUGGUUCUUGGACCGUCUGCGUACCACCACCAACGUGCUCGGAGACUCGCUCGGGGCCGGCAUCGUGGAACACCUUUCCCGUGAUGAGCUGCAGAAUCAAGACGCCGAGGUGCGCAACUCUGUGAUCGAGGAGAACAAAAAGCCCUACCAGCUGAUCUGCCAAGAGAACGACUCAUUCAACCACCUCAACAGUGAGACCACAAUGUGAACUCAGUGGCGUCACCUGAAUGGACUUCACUUCACACAGCAAAUGUGCUUUAUCUGAAGGGGUUGUUACCACAAGGGGAAAAAACACUAAUCUUGAUCAACUGAACCAGUUGAUUUACUCCCAAAAUACAGAAGAAACAACGCAAAGCCUCAUUAGAUUGACAAAAACUUGAUAUGAUGUUUAUUAUUACACAUCCAGAGGAUUGGCACAAAAUCCUGUUUAUUUAUUGAAUAAUGUCUAACAAAUUUAAAUAGUAAAAAUAAUGAUUCAAGCUGAAAUUAUAACUCUUCCGGCUCAUUGAAGCGAUAUUUCAGAGAUUUUGAAGUGGAGUUUUUUAUGGAAAGGUUCAGAUAUAUUAUGUCAUCUGGAGUAAAUAACUCUUUGGACA